AUGGGGGCACAUUGCGGACGCUUUAUCCAGGCAUGCAAGCAUCUCCGCACUAUACAGUUCCGGGACGGGACACGGUUUGGCGGACGGACGAGCGAGUUGUGGGGCAAAAAAGACAAAGUGGUGCUCACAGUGUUUGCCGGCACAUGGAAUAUGGGCAAUGCGCCGCCUCCAGAUGAUUUGCAGGAUUGGCUAAAGCCUGGCUACGAUAUUUACUUGAUCGGUGUGCAGGAGUGCAACUAUCACCCUCGACCAUGGAUAGACAGCUGUGCAAAGGAUUGGCGUGCAACGGUGGAUGAGAAUCUGCCCGGUCUGGUGCAAGUUUGCCAGCAUGAGAUGGGCUACUGCCAGAUCCUGUGUUACGCAAAGGAAAGAAUAAGCAGGUCCAUUCACAAUGUGGUGGCGUGCCAUGAGGAAACAGGCCUUGGCGGCUUCCUUGCCAACAAGGGUGGGCUUGCAAUGUCUUUCUGGAUCGGAGAUACGAGUAUCUGCUUCGUAUGCUCUCAUCUUGCGGCACAUCAAGGCAAUAUUGAUCGCCGCAACAGCGACACCGCCCACAUAAUCGAGGGCAUCUGUCUGACGAAGGAUCAGCUUAGGCCGUUGACGCACCAGUUUACGCAUGUCUUUUGGGUCGGCGAUCUGAACUAUCGCAUUGACUUGCAUAGAGAGGCAUGCGAGGAGUUGAUCUGUCAGCAUGCCUGGGAGAAGCUGCGAGAGCACGACCAGCUGCUGAAGGUGCAACAAGAGGAAAAGGCUUUCUGGACCUUCCAAGAAGGCCCUCUGAGCUUUCCGCCGACGUAUCAGCACAUCCCAGGAAUGCCGCCGGAUCCCGAGACCAGGCUGCGAGCCUACGACCCCAAGAAAGCCAGGGUGCCUUCCUGGACGGAUCGCGUGUUGUGGCAGUCCUUUCCCGACGUCGAUGUCACGCUGCAACCCGGCUCGUACACGAGCUCUCCUACACUGUGCACCAGUGACCACUCUCCGGUGAGUGCGGUUUUUCAGAUGCCGCUGACGAAGCCAUACCGAGUCGAUGAAAAAGGUGGCUGCCUGUUUAUUCAGAUCCGAAAUCUGCGGGCGACAGGGCUCCCUCCAGGUGAUCAUCAUGUCUCCUUCUGGGGGCAGUACUGUGAAGGAACCAAGCACACCAGGAACGCGACGAGCAAGGAUGGCUAUGCGCAGUUUAGCAAGAUCACUCUCAAGACCAAGCCAGGUGUGUGCAGCACCAAGUGGGUGCAGACACGGCACCUCCUCGUUGCUAUCUACAAGGUAGAUGAUGCCAUGGAAAGCGCACACAUGAAAUCGCACCCAGUGUCUACCCUUAUGGCAAUGACCGGGUUUGUGGAUGGCUUUGAGGAGCCGGACGGCUAUGGAGUGGUAAGCCUUCGAGGAGCAGGAUCUGGAAAAGGCUUCAGCAUUGCCCUCAGCAACAGCUGGGGAUCCCAUGUGGGUUCCGUGCCUUUUGAUGAGGCUGCGGCUGCGCGCCUCCGAGAGAUUAUGUUUGCAGCUGUGACGGCUGCUGCCAUCAAUGUUUCCCGUGCAGGUUGCGACCCACCAACUGCACCCGAGCUGCUGCAGGCCUGGAAGGGUUCGACACUAUUGUCAGCUGCGCGCGAAGCAGUUUGCGAGCGGUGGGAAAGGAUACUUGAAACGAGAAGCGACACGCAUCGCAGGCACGUGUGCGUGGUAAACUGCCCAAACCAGCUUCUAGAAUCAGCCCCCCUGAUGGAGAUUACACCUACGUAG